UGAGUGUAUAUAAGAAGACACUAUAUAGAGAGGCGAUCGAGUACAGUAACCUCAGUAAUAAUGGAAUCUGUUCAAAUGUUUGAUUGUUUUGGAGCGCCUUCAGAGCUGCUGUUCAAGUCCUGAAGUCCUACCACAUAGUUGGCACAUGCCUUUCCUGUCCUAAGAUUUUUGGGAUCCUCACGUCCACAUAAAACAUGCAGCUGCAGUGUUGACCACAGCAACUUUUCUUCCUGUAGCACCUUGUCUGGGGCUGAGAGAAAAAUUGUCCUGUAGGUCUCAGAGAAGUAGAAGAAAUUUUGUAGGGUCACUUCUUCCGUUACUGCAAAUGCUCUGUUUUAAACCUGAAAGUAUGAUGUAAUGGUGCCCAAAGCAGUGUCACACACAGUCAUAGUUAUAGUAGAAGGAAAAACUAUGUAUGUAGAGCAAUUCACACUACCCCAAAAACAAUGAAAAAGCCCAAUAAAUGACACAUGUCCAUCACAUUCAUGUGAGACAGCGUGGUAAACUUAAGUGUUCUAGUACAAGAUUUAUAUUGGUAACAGUAUAUGAUUAAAUGGGAUAAAAUUAACUUUAUCUGACGGAUGGUUUUGUCCCUUAGAAAAUUAUGUCGCUCUGCAGCUGUCAAAGCAAGGGAAUUUUUUUUCCUAGUGUUUAUACAGUAAAACUUAACGUGUUGCAUGAGUAGCAGAGUGCUGAGUCUUGGGUUAGCAUUCUUCUCUCACGGAUUUUUUUAACCAGUAGGUGUUCAUCGACUUAGGUAAAAUAUUAAUGUAGAUUGAACUUAGAUUUUAAGCAAAGGCAAGGGUUUUUUCCUUCAUAAAAUCUGUAGAUAACAUUUACCAAAGUGUAUUUUGUUUCCUUACAGAGCUGUGAUGUAUAACAUAAUUUUUACUUUGAAAAUUCCACUAAGACCUGGUGAUGUGAAAUUGAACUUAAUGAUACUGCAUAGUAACUGGGACCCUUAUCUACAGAUUCAGGACUUUAAUUUGGAUAAUCAGUCUUGCAAGGUUCUCCCUGCCAUGGGGACAGGAGACUAUGACAGCUAUUUUAAGGUUUUCCUUGCCAUGGGGACAUGGGUCAGUGACAGCUAUUUCAGCAUGUUUCCUUUCCCUGCCAUUUCCUGCCACCCUUGCUGUGGGAAGGAGCAACGACGACUCUCUACUAAAGGAGGGAAAACAAGAACUGUGCAUAAACUUAGU